UAUUAUGAUAUCUGAUAUCUAUGAUUUAAUGAUGUUUUCCUCCCAAGAAUAUAUUGACAACAAGACAGGAAGAGAUGAUUUGAACAGAUUUCAAUACCUACAAGCUUUGGUGACAGAAUUUCAAGAUACUUUGAGUGAUGAUGCCAAGUAUCAAGUGUUGGCUAACCUUGCCAACUUUGCCUAUGAUCCAAUAAACUACCCUCAUCUUAAGAAGCUUAAUGUAGCUGAGUUAUUUUUGGAUAUGCUUAGUGAAGAAAAUGAAAAAUAUGUUGAAUUUGGAAUUAGUGGACUUUGUAACUAUUGCCUUGAUCCAGACUGUAGGAAUGCUAUAUUAGAAAAUGAUGGAAUACAAGAGAUUCUUAAUUGUUUAUCCAGCUCAAAUGAGGAGACUGUUCUUUCUGCCAUCACCACUCUGAUAUAUCUCAAGAACAAUCAAACCAGUGAAGAACUUUCAUCUGAAGCAGUUAUUGAGUGUAUGAUCACAUAUUCCACUUCAACAAACACAAGAUUAGCUAACCUUGCUAAAAUAUAUCUACAGAAUUUUAGGAAAACAACAUGAAAAUGUGGAAAUGUGCCCCAGUGUGGGCAGCUAUAACAUUUUAUAUCACAUCAACUGUUGUUGAACCUAUUUAGGAACAGACACAGCAGUUACAAUGCUUUUAAAGAAGACAAAUUAAGCAUAUUGUUAUGAAUGAACUAAGCAGUGCUCUUGUAAAUUCUCUUCUUUUUAUGAAUAAAAAUUAUAUUUACAAAACAGGGUUGAGACUCUGGGAAAUUCACCUAUAUCACAGAUUAUAGCUAAUCUGUGCCUAUAUGGAGGGCACAAUUUUAGUGAAGGAAAUAAUUAACCAAUCAAAUGCCUG